AUGAUGGAUAUCACUCAGAUGAUUGAAUACGACAUAAAACAUCUGGAAACUGCCUCAGUUACUUUUUUUAUGAAUGGCGCCCAAGUGUGCCGGGUGAUCCCCUUGACUUUCCACGGACUGUCUGUGGUUAAAAUCCACGUUUCUGGCUUUGGAACCAAUAUUGACCGGCGCUCAAUCAAAGUUAAGCCAAGAGACCCGACUGCAGUGAUACAAGUCAACCGCCCACCCAUCAGCGCACAUGGAAAUCACCAGCCCCUCAUAUGUCCAGAUUCGCGAAAAGCAGCAAAGAUUGAACUGCAAAAGGAUGACCAACACUCGAUAUGCUUCACGAUUAGUCGAGGACGAGAUGACAAGUCAGAUAUGACAGAAACCCAAGUCUACUUGUCGUACGUCACCUCUGCGGCAUUUUGGUCCCCAACUCAUGAGCUUGAUUUGUAUACAACCGAUCGUCGUGCGACACUUAUCACAAAAGCUCGGCUUUCGAAUUCAAGCACUGAGAAAUGGGAAAACUGCAAUAUGAGUCUUUGCUCUCGCCAAGUUGCAAGCGAUAUCGCCAGCCAACAGAAGUCGGUUACUUCAAUGGCUGUUGAUCGGGCCAAACUUCCCGACCAGGGGAUAGUCUUUGAGGCGUAUAGACAUCGAUUAAGUCUCCUAGAAAGGCAAAACAAGGAGAAGAUAACAAAGAAGAGGCCAUUGAUACAGAACCCCAAGUGGUGCCAGAAUCAAAUGACUAGCCAUUGCCAAGGAGCUUGCCGUCAGCAGUCAGGAACCUGCAUCUACGAAUGUCUUGACAAAGAAAUCGGAUUUGAAACGACGUGGCAUAUUCCGGGCCGCUGGAGUUUCAACGAUGGAUUCAACACUCUCCCGCAGCCAAUAUUUUGCACGGAGCUUAGAGAUGUCUCCAUCCAACACAUAUUCGACGCCAAACUGGACGCUGUAUACCUGGUUGCCCAUAUAAGGAAAAAUUCUGCACUUCCCUUUUUUCCGGGACCCGUAUGGGUGACACUGGAUCGCAGCUUCGUGGGUACAACCACACUGCCAGAUUGUUUCCCGGAAGAGACUUUCAACCUAACUUUCAUAGACCCCGGAAUCCGUGUUACUAAAAGUCCCGGUACUGGUUCAGGACCUAUGUGUAACACUCGCAUGAUUGAAGUUCACAAUACCCGGCAGUUGAACGGGACUGGCACACUGUUUGUUCCACGACGCAUCGAAAUCUCCCACAAACCUGCAGGCAUAGCAAACCGGAAACAAAUGAUGGCAAGCCCCGAGGGUCACGUCCUUUGCCAGGCACAGGCUUGGAUGGUCAAUUUGCAUGCAGGAAACAAAGUGAUACUACGUGUAGAUAGCAUAGCUCCCUAA